AACAAAAUUUUAACUAUGUUCAAAAGGAUCGUUGACUUUGUUGAAAUCAAGAUCAAACAACACAGAGAUAGUCUAGACCCGUCCUCACCAAGAGACUACAUCGACUGCUUCCUCACAGAGAUGGGAGAGAGAGACGACAAAGAUUCUAGUUUUGAUAUCGAGAAUUUGUGUUCUUGCACUCUGUACCUGUUUGCUGCUGGAACUGAAACUACUACCACUACUCUACACUGGGGACUGCUGUACAUGAUCUACUACCCUCAAAUACAAGAGAGAGUCCAGGCUGAGAUCGACGCUGUGAUUGAUUCAUCCAGAGUGCCCUCUCUAAAUGACAAAGAAGACAUGCCCUAUACUAACGCAGUCGUUCAUGAGAUCCAGAGAAUGGCCAACAUCAUUCCCCUUAAUGUGGCCCGCAUGGCAACCAAGGACACAACACUCGACAAGUACACAAUCCCAAAGGGCACCAUCAUCAUGCCCACCCUGAACUCGGUUCUUCGCGAUGAGACGAUGUGGGAAACUCCACACUCCUUCAACCCUCAACACUUUCUGGAUCGGGACGGCCAGUUUAGGAAGAGAGAGGCCUUCCUUUCUCAGCAGGUUGCUGACGGAGAGCAGCCCAGCCUGGAUUUUGUUUUAGGAUUCACUCGCAGUCCCAAACCUUACCACUUCUGUGCUGUACCCCGAUAGACCACCAGCUGUCCCAGACUCAAUCAAGUUUCUGUGAAGAAAUUUCAACAGAGAAUUUAAUUUGUAUUCUGUGUCUUAAUUUGUUUCAAUUAUUGCUGAUAAAAGGUCACAUAUUCUGCAGAAUCCACUUCACCAUGUUUCUCUAACUCUAAUAUGUGUCCUUAGUCUGUCUACAAAACCCCCAAUCAUGAGAAAAAUCCAUCCUCUCCGUCUUCUGUCUGCUCAACUUUUCAGAAAAUGUGUGCUCAAACAGGCCGUUUGGAGAUUUUCC